UCUGGAAACGACAGCUUUGAUAUCGUCUCACGAUCGAUCACGCGGCAGUUUUUUCUCAGUCUCAGUGAGAGAGCAUUCAGUCGUAACGAUCGCUUAUCUUUGGACUCUCCAAUCUACCUCUUCGGACCGUGAACUGCCCCGAAGCCCAGCCUCAUCGGAACGGAGUCACGCAAUCUCGCCCGCGCUGUAGUGCAAUUCUGUAAAUCGUUAUGUAGUCGUUAUGUGGUCAUAACGACAAUUUUCGUUUCGUUAUAGAACGAGAUGUUAUCGUAACGACAAAUGCGAUUCUGUAAGCGAGUAUUAACGAAUUUCGCUAUCGAUACCGAGAAACGCCGGUGAGCUUGUUGUUAUGUGUCGCUAUCGUAACGAGAGGUCCGUCACCCCUCGCUAUAGCUUAACGUCAGUUAAAAGUGUCGGUGUGUAUGAUAAAAUCCUGACCGUGUAUGUCAAGAAACGUGUACUGGAAAAUAUUGUGUGACUUAAACGAUAUUCUUCCAUUCAAGGCAAUCGGUGAGUAAAAUUUUAUAGUAAUUGGUUCUACAGAGUCGAUUUGUGUGCACAGCUUAAUAUUUCGUAACCUAUUUAACAUUAUGUCUCGUCGAAGUGAAAUAGACUCAUUUCUUUCAAUAUUGUAAUAUGAUUCUUAUUUCUAUAAAAUCGUUAACGCGUCAACCGCAUAUAUUUUUUGUAGCAUAUUUUCUGAAGCAUAAUUUAAUCUGGCAUACGUAAAUAAACGUUUAAAAUUUAGAGCGAGCAUGGCCCUUGACUAUUUAGCAUGGGAAAUGAUACUUCUGGAGGAAAGGGCACAUCGGCUGGAACGACGUGUAGAAAGAAGGCUACUGAGAGAUGCUCAAAAUCCUUUUGAGCUGCCACGAGAUGAAUUCAUCGACUAUUUCCGUCUUACUCCAGAACUUGUUAUACAAAUAACGAAUGUGAUACGGGCCGACUUACAGAACAUACGAAUUACCGGCAUAAUGCCAGAAACAAAGGUAACAUUAAAGCAAAAUUAGUAUAAUGGCUUGCAAUAUUAAACUUAACAUUAUUUAAUUACAAUGUACUGAGAAAGCAAAAUAUUUCAGAUGUAAAUUUAUUGAAAUGUAAUUUCCUUGAGAUGCCAAAGUUUAUUUAGAUGAAAUUGUUAUUACAGGUGCUGAUUGCUAUACAAUUUUAUGCUCAAGGCAGCUAUCAAAGAAGUGUCGGCAAUCAAUAUCAAUUUAAUGUUAGCCAAACUACAACAAGUCGUUGCCUCCAUGCCGUGACUGAUGCAAUCAACCGGCGCUUAUUGCGUAGGUGGGUGAAAUUCCCAAUGACCCAAGAGGAUCGACAGCGAGCACGUGAAAAAUUCUUAGUUGCUGCACAGCCAUUUGAAGGUGCCAUAGGUGCUAUAGAUUGCACUUUUGUUCAUAUUAUAGCUCCUCAUGAACAUGAGGAAGCGUUCAUUAACCAUCAUGGUAACCAUUCCCUGAACGUGCAAGCUGUAAGUGCUUAGCAAGUAUAUACUGUGGA